AUGGCGAUGAUGAUGACUGGCCGUGUGCUGCUGGUGUGUGCCUUCUGCGUGCUGUGGUGCGGUGCCGGCGGCAGAUGUGAUGAAGCGGAGGACACGGCAGUUUCUGGUAUAGGUGGUGAAUCUCCGCUGGCAUCAAAAGGAAUUGAAACGUCUCCAGAAGACACCCAAGAAUUAAGACGUGGAGCAGGAGGUGUUGAAGGAAAUGUACCUUCCACAUCUUCAGAGGAUGAAGUUGAAGAAGGUGAAGAUGAUGAUGAUGAUAAAGGGGGGGAAGAUGGAGAAGGAAAAAGAACAGAAAGGCAGAGUGUACAAGAAGGAACAGCUGCACCAGAGCCAGGUUCCAGGGAAAAUAAUAUAAGUGGGAGUGAUCAGGAAAAGAACCAGUCAAUUGCACCUGCAGGGGACAUUUCUCCUUCCGGCAGUCGGGAAUCAAAUGCCAAUCCUUCGCAACCGGAAUUUGAAAAAAAGAAUGACACCGGCAAAAAUCCAUCUGCAGUAGAGAAUCCACUCACAACAGUUAAUGGAGAGAACAGACUGCCUGGGGGCAUUGCGGGUGGAAUUCCUCCACCACCUCCAGAAGACGGUGUUAAUUCCCGCGAACAGGAUGGCGAAGACACCAUGAGUGAAGGCGAAAAAAAUGUUCCGUCGCCUGAGACCGCAGCCACACCACAAAGCCACCGAGACAAAGGCUCAGAAGGGACUGGGGAAGACACAAAAGCAACGACAGUAACCGCCAAUACAACUGAUACGACGAAUACACAAAACAGUGACGGCAGCACCGCGGUCUCCCACACCACCUCCCCUCUUUUGCUUCUUCUUUUUGUUGCGUGUGCGGCUGCUGCUGCGGCUGCAGUGGCCGCGUGA